GGGUGUGGGUGGGUGUGGGUGGGUGUGGGUGUGGGUGUGAGUGUGGGUGUGGGUGGGUGUGAGGUUGGGUGUGGGUGUUUUUUUUUCUUCAGGAGUACCCACCCACACCCACACCCAUAUUCAAUAUUCAAUAUUAAAUAUUGGACACAUUAAUUAUUAAUUAAUUAUUAUUUUAGGAUGUAAGCGUGUGGGUGCGGGCCAAUGAGCCCUCUGCUUAUUCUGUAACAAGGGUAUUGGGUUUUUUUGCAUCACAUGAGUCAUGCACAGAGCAAUAGAGAAACUUGAUUGAUGCACUUACCUUUUCUUUCUUCUGUGUUACGAAAGUAGAUGUCCUCGCACAUGGUGCACUUGAGUAGCUUUUUUCAUUUGUACAACAACUAUUAGUCAUGAAACUGGAGAAUGGCGCAAUGCGUUGGCUGCCAACAGUGAAUUUUACAACUCUCAGAAAAAAAAAACACAUAAAGUCAAUAUUCAGGUGGAGAUGAAGUGAAAAUUGGAAAAAGCCAAUCUGUUUGUCCCAUUUUGAAGCACACAUUAUUAGAGAGUCUGCCACAAACGCGGAAUUACAGAAUUUCUAUUCAGGCAAAAAUACAUUGAUCGUGUUAAUCAUGGCAAACGCGCACAUCGAUUCACAGAGCAGCAUCAUAUGGAUUGAUUCCGAUCCCAAUAUCUACUACACUGUAGAUUUGCUCCGAAUUCAAAAAUGGCGCGUGGCAUGCUUCAACGAGACGGCUAACGCACUCAAUGCUCUUCACGAGCGUCGCUUAGAACCAGAUAAUAUUAAAUGUGUGAUCACGAGUAUGAUGGAACGUGAUGGGCGCCGGGAACGAGGACUUCUCAACGGGCUUGAAAUGUUAGACAAAAUGAAACUAAUAUGGGAAAAAGCUGGAAUAAGAUCUAAACCACUUAUUGCCGUCAUUAGCUUGACAGCCAACGUGCAAAAAUGUAAGGAGCACGGUGUCGACAUUGUCUCUAGUGACCGCAAUGCUUUGCAACUUCAAGUCAUCGAUCGACUUAAUAAAAGUCUCAAGAGCACACGCUGUAAAAAGUAACAAGAUUCUUUUGGAGUUGUAGCGGGACGUCUUGACUACACACUAAAAUAAAAUGUGUCGCAUAUAUGUGUCGUACAAGAAUGUGUCGCAGACUCCAUUAUAAAAAUGUGUCGUACAAAAAUGUGUCGCAUUAUAGAUGUGUCAUAGCCUAUAUGUCAAUCGUUCAUUCACCGAUUUGUUUCGCGAGUGCAGCUGCAUAUAGCCGAGCCUAUUGGACGUACUUGGCUUAUACAUUUUCGUAUGUCUUUUUUUUCUAGAUUAUUUCUCGACCAUUUAUUAUUCGAGAACAUGUCAAGAGGUCGCUAGGUGAUCGAGAAUGGACUGCCUCGAAGUAGUCUGAUCGAGAUCAAAUGGUCUCGAGGCAGCUAGAUCUUAAGAUCUACCGUCUCGAACUCUAAGAAUAGGUGCUACUGUUUGAAAUUAACUGAAAAAAUAGUAACUAUUCGAAUUUUCAAAAAAAAAUAAUCCUCGCGCCGGAAAAUGGAUUCGAACCACGUGUUAAAAAUGUGUCGCAUGUGUCGCACAAGAAUGUGUCGCAUGUGUCGCACAAGAAUGUGUCGCACGUCCGCUGGAAGAAAUGUGUCGCAACGAGCUCCUCGUGUCGCAUAUUAAUGUGUCGUACAUUGUGUCGCAAAGUGCGACACAUGCGACACAUUUUAUCUUAGUGUGUAUAUGUCGAGAUCAGGUCGAAAUCUGUAUGAUUGGAAUAUAAUAUAUAAGUAAAUGAACGACUUAAUAUUGAAAUAUAAAACUUUUUAUUUUAACAGCAGCGAAAAUCUUUUUAUAAUUGACAAUAUCAGCAAUGAAAGACUAUCGAAAAUGACAAAAUUCACUUUUGCAACUUAUUUUCGAUGUAUCUCGUAUAGAUCGAAGAUAAAAAGAAAAGAAUGUAUAAUGAUGUCAUCGUAUAGUAAAAACAAUAGUUUGCUAGUUAUAAACAGACUAUAUGUGUACUAUAUGAAGAAUGAAAAACGUCCAAUGGUCGUGGUAUAUAUGUCACUAUGUAAUAGUGCCAAUGUAAUUGCACAAUGCCAGGUAAUUCCAUCAUAAAGAUAGUCCAUACAGAAUUUACUUUUGCAGUUUUUCUGCAAAAGUAAAUUCUGUCAUUUUCGACAGUCCUUCUUGGCUGAUAUUGUCAAUUACAAAAAAAAUUUCGCUGCUGUUAAAGUAAAAGGUUUUAUGUAUGAUUGGAUUUGAAGGAGAAAUCUGGAAGACAUAGAUACUUAUUUUUGAUCCUUAGUAUGAAAUAAUUCUUGAGUAAGUGAAAGUUUCGAUACAAAUUUUGAUCGAGAACUGCCUACUUUCGGAAGCACAUGUCCUGAAAAUUUCAGCAAGAUUAAUUUUUUUAACGCAAUAUUAGAUUUUCUCAAUGCAAGUGUCCUUGAGGGUGUGGGUGGGUGUGGGUACGGUGUAGAUGAGCAAAAGUUAGGAAUUCACACCCACACUCACACCCAAGAUUAGCAAGAAUUGUGAGACUGUGACUCAUUCUGAAACAAGAUCCUUUCAUAAUUUCUCAGUAGCAUAAUUCGAAAGAUCUCAAAUGAGAUGUGCGUGUUGUACUCAAUUGAGCUUAAUUGAAAUGAUAGAUCUCAAUAUUUUGAUUGUUCUUUUAGUGUUAUUCUCAUUGGUAUUGCCGGUCCAUCCGGUUGUGGUAAGACAACAUAUGCAAAACAUCUGGCCGAUUAUCUUCACUCUCCGUUUCUACCAAUUUCACUGGACAAUUUUUUUACAAGUCCGAUCGAUAUUGAUCAUCCGAUUCUCGGCCGCAUGGUGAGUUUUGAAGAACCUGCAUCUAUAAAUAUUGAUCGUUUUCUGACUAUACUUCGGCAAAUUAAUAGUGAUUUGGAAAACGCUCCAAUGCGUCGAUCGAACUUUGCCAUCGACAAAAAUCAACCUAUAUGUAUAGUUGUCGAAGGGUUUCUUCUUUUUGCUCUAUCGAAUGAUGUAACAUCGAUGUUUGAUAUUCGAAUAUUUCUCGAUUCGACACAAUCUCGCUGUCGUAUGCAGCGUUUUCGACGAAAAACUCAUGUGAAUCCAAAAAUGCCUGAUUCGCAAGUAGCAAUUACUGAUCAUUUUUCUCGAUGGUAUGAUAAUUUGGUCUGGCCUGAAUAUUUAAAACGACGCGACUUACAAAUGGCAAACGCAGAAAAAGUGUUCAAACCUGAAGAAUAUCAAGAUAGAAACUAUACAAAACUUGAUACCUACAUAGAUCAACGAGUGAAAGAAAUUGUGUAA